GAGACAAUAAUUUUAUAAAUUAUAAGGAAAAAAUCUUAUGAUUAUUAUAUUUUUGCCAUAUGAAGAAAUGGACAGACAUAUUUAAAUAUUUCAUCUGUGAAAUUAAGUUUUAACAGCUAAACAAAAGACGCCAUUGCUAUGUGCUGACUGUUGUUGAGAAUUGGUGCCUCUAGACUUGUUUUGAUCCAGUUUUUUUUUUUUUUUUUGGUUUUUUUUGUAUUGAAAUACUUAUCUGUGAUAUUUAGUUUAAUUUAGUCGAAAUGUCGGACCAGCAACAGUUUUUCUUAAAGUGGAACGAUUUCCAAUCCAACAUGGUUAGCUCUUUUAGACACCUUAGGGAUGAGAAAAGUUUUACUGAUGUAACCCUUGCCUGUGAUGGGCAGACUUGCAAAGCUCAUAAAAUGGUAUUGUCAGCUUGCUCACCCUACUUCAAGAGCUUAUUAGAGGAAAAUCCUUCUAAACAUCCUAUCAUUAUUCUUAAAGACGUCCCUUUUGACCACCUCCAGGCUAUACUUGAAUUCAUGUAUGCUGGAGAGGUCAAUGUUUCACAAGACCAGUUAUCUACCUUUUUGAAGACAGCAGAUCGGCUGAAAGUGAAAGGUUUAGCAGAGGCACCAAUCAAGAGAGAUAUGUGAGACUUUAAAUAAGAAAUAAUUGAAUUUAAUCUGUAUAUUAUCCAAGAAAAGUUAAUUAUUAAAAACACCUUGUUUUAAAGUUAUAUGAAGAAAACUGUUGAUCAGUUUGAUUUGUAAUUUGUAUAGUAGGUGUGUGUAUGUGUGUGUGACUGUAAGUGUGUUAGCUUGCUACAUUAUUUAGUUAAAUCAUUUGUUAAUUACAUAGUUAUUAUUCAUUGUGUAAUCUGUAAUAAUAUUCAGUUUUAAUGUGUAACUGAAGUGUACAUAAAAACCAGACAAAAUUAUUGCGUUUUUUAAUUUAAUUUAGUUAUAGACUGCCCUAGUAAGUAAUCCAUGGGAAACCCUAUCCCUGCUGUCCAUAAUUUCUUCCAAUCUCAUUGAGGUACAUAGCUAACUUCUAAUUUCUGUACUCCUUAUCUCUGACCCAUAUGUAUGUUCCUUCGCAAAACAAGUCAAGAUGCAAAUUUCUAGGAUUCUCUUUUUAAUUAAGUUAUUCACAGAUUAUUUAAAACACAAACUUAAAUAUUUUCACAUAUAAUAUUAAACUACCAUAAUGGCCGCUAUGAAGGAUAUGUAAUAAUUCUUACCAUAUAUUGAGUUUUCAUGUAGUAAAAAAAAAACAAAGAUAUGCUGCAAAACUUCAUAAUAUUCAGCAAAAGUGUUAUAUUAUAAAAUGAAAUACCUCAAAUUUACAAUUAUUUAUUAUGUAAUGUUAAUGUGUUAUUGACAAAACCAUUAAUAAAAGCCUUAUUAGCAAAACAUAACUCUUCAAAAUUAUCAGAAAUAAUGAGGUAGAAAAAAGUGUAAAAUUAAAAUAUGUAUGCAACAAGCAUCAUCACCAUUCAUAUAUCAUUAGUACUGAAUGUAAGCCUCCUGAAGUAGUAUUUUCCCCACUUCUCUGUUAUGUGCCAUAGCCAUUCAAUCAUGGGUGUUUAGGAUAUUCUACUGCCACUCCAUUUUGCCAUCUUGUUUUAGCUUUCCAAUGCAAUUCCUGUAGUACAAAAAGUGCAAAAAAUGUUCAGUAACUUUGUUAUGAUCCAUAACUAGGAUGUUAUAAAAAAGGAUCUUUUAAAGACUCACUUUGUUCUUUAAUUUAUAUAGUAUUUGAUUUAUAUUAGGUAGUAAAUUUAGUUUAAAUCCAUUUUCAAUCCAAGGAAUAAAAUUUCA